AGCGUAGCUGUAGCUGACAGCUGUCAAAGGUAACACCAUAGCGUCGCUUAACCUCCCUGUAAGAUCUGCCAUGGCUCUGAAGAGAAUAAAGAAGGAGUUGCAAGACUUGGGGAAAGACCCUCCAGCUUCAUGUUCAGCUGGACCUGUAGGGGAUGACUUGUUCCACUGGCAAGCGACCAUCAUGGGACCGAAUGACAGCCCAUAUCAUGGAGGGAUAUUCUUCCUCUCUUACCAUUUUCCCACUGACUAUCCCUUUAAACCACCAAAGCUUUCCUUUACAACGAAAAUUUACCACCCAAACAUCAACAGCAAUGGUAGCAUCUGCCUUGACAUCUUGAGGUCGCAGUGGUCGCCUGCUCUUACAGUAUCAAAAGUUUUAUUAUCCAUAUGCUCCUUGCUAUGUGACCCAAAUCCAGAUGAUCCACUAGUCCCAGACAUUGCGCACAUCUACAAAUCAGACCGACCAAGGUACAACGAAUUAGCCAAAGAAUGGACUCGGAAGUAUGCGAUGUGAGGAACUAACAGCAACAAUGACGCAUCCCAGAACUCCUCAUAAUGUGACAGUACUGCUUCAACUGCUCAUCCACACUGGUUCUAGUUGAGGUGUUUUAUUAGCUUGAAGCACUUUCUCUACUCGGACUUUACUUGACUUAACUGUUUUUACUGUUUAUCUUAUUUUCCCCUUAA